AUGAGAGUCCUCGGCCUCGUGCUGGUGGCGGCGGCGGCGGCGGCUCUUGUCCUUGCUGCUCUUCUGAGCUCCACCCCCGAGGUUUCUGCCGUCAGAGUCCCGGCGGCCCCUCUCGCGGACCAGACGAGCAGCAGCCGGCGUGGCGCCUCGUCAUCAUCACUGGCCGACGAGCAACCAAACAAAGCGGCGGGCGAUAACGCCGCCCCCGGCGCCGAUGCAAGCAGCGCCAGGCUCGACGCGUCCAGCUGGAAGGCCGCCGCGUCGUUCGGCGGCUCCUCCUCCCCUCCGUCCACGGUGUUCCACCCCGACAGGAUGAGCAAGCGCCGCGUCCGGAGAGGCUCCGACCCCAUACACAACAAGUGCUGA